AUGUCUUCAGAUCCAAAUUCCCCUGUCAGUCUCGCCCACUCCUACAUUGCCAACGCUCGGUUUCACCGGCGCUUCACCCUCGAAGCCACUGCUACACAUGGCCCUCUAAAUGUAACCUACGCCGAGUUCGGGCGGCAACCCGAGGAGUCAAUGACUACUCCGACUAUUCUUUUGAUCCCAGGGAUGUUUUCCUCCCGAUAUCUUGGCGUACAACUGCAUGCCAUUGCCGAUAAGUUAGGCGUGCGUGUGUUAGUUGUCGAUCGUCCUGGAAUGGGCGGUUCGACUGAUGUACCGCUCGUACAGCGCAUGUCUAUCUGGGUGGAACUCGUCCCGCGUCUUCUGGCGCAUCUCGGUAUUCAACAUGUGGCGCUGGCGUCACAUAGUGCUGGCACUAUGUAUCUUUUGAAUACUUUGUACCAUUGUCGGGAUCUUUUGUAUCCCAACAAUAUGGUGAUUAACAUGUUAGCACCCUGGGUUGAUCCCGCGCACUCGCAUAAUACUUCGAUGCAAAUGCUUCAAUAUAUCCCCACCAAAGCUUUUGGCAUCUGGCAUCGCAUCCCACGCUUCUUCCUACUCCAGGCCGCGCCCGCGUUCGCGUCAAGCGGUGCGGUAGUGAAGAAAGUGACGAAUGCAAUUUCCUCAAAUGACACUAGCAGUCAAGACAAUUCUCAUCAAGAAAAGCAGCGUCGUCAUAUUGAGGAAGUGUAUGGAGUAUCGCGUGAUAUGCAGGCUGAAUUAGACAGCCUGAUGCACAAAUACAUGUUUGAAGAAAACACGGUUGGCGCGAACAGCGAAGCUCUGCAGUGUCUACGGAAAGAGCCUAACAAUACGUGGGGCAAAUGUGAGGAUUAUGAGGUUUUCGUACGGGAGAUUGUGGAUUUGGAACGGGGACGAGACCGAGAGGGUGCUCCGUUGAGGAUUCAGGCGUAUUUUGCUGAAUCUGAUGUUAUGAUUGGCAAGAAGGGGCAGACAUAUUUUGAAGAGUGCUGGCGUGGGACGAAUGGAGAGUAUAAGGAUGUAGUCGAGUUUGCCUCGACGACAGUACCGGGUACUGACCAUGAUACUUUGGCGUUGUCGGUAGAUGUUUGGGAGGGUAUUUUCCAAGGUGUACUGGAAGUCGUGGGUAGCCACUAG